UCAUCAUAAUUACAUAAAGUAUGUUGUAUUCUUGUACCCAUAGCCAAGAAUAACGCCCCACAAUUUACUCCUAAUAAUCUCUCCUUAAUUAUCUUCUAUGGUAACAUAUUAUCUCUCCUAAUUUCCGUAAUGUAUAUCCCUAAAAUAUACACCUAACAUAUAUCUCGUAACAAAUACAAAAUUCGAGUAUGGGAGGUCUUAUCAAAUAACCCUUACUAUCUAUAAACUAAGAAUAAUCACUGCUGCUGGUUUGGUAAACAGCUAUUUAUCUUGGCAGAAGAGGUGCUACAGAAAAAGGUGUUGGUUGUGACGAAGUAACCCUAGAAGAAUUUUCCACUUUUUAGCUUAUCUCUGAGAAGCUACUUGCUGAUUGUUGCAUCUGGCAAUUUGCAAUAUUCUGUUGAAACUGGAGUACGUUUUCUACAAUAUCCAAAAAGAUCAUGUUGCAAGUUCAAUCGUAGGAUAUAAUAAUGGACCUUUUUAAUAUAGUUAAGCACCUUGGAACUUAUGUUGAAUAGCUUAUCAUCACACCCAAGCAAAAUCCGUUACUUGUUUGCUUCAUUAAUGCUCCUGCACCAAGCAAACAUCUAUCAACCAGCUGUCCUAUUUCUCUAUCUUUCUAGUAUCCAAAGUUCCUAACUCCAAGUCUUUAAUUUUUGAAAUAUUAAAUUCUUGUUCCCUUUGACAAAUCCCUGUGGUUUUUAAUUUUAACAAUCCUAAAUUAUGUUAGCUAAACUCUUAACCAUGUUUGGUUCAUAAAUUUACAAGCCUUUUCCACCUACAUAGCCAUGUGUAAUGGGUAUUACAUGACUCCACAGUUUAGAAGCAUUUAGUUACAUACCAUUUUAAUUAUGGAUUUGCCUUGUUCCUCUCUGUCAACUUUUGAUGAUCUCUUGAUUUAUUUCUUUAACUCUUACUCUCCCAAUUUUUUUUAUUGAUUUCCACUCAGUUUCUGUAGCAACACAAACCGAGGAAAACACAAAAAGUGGACCUCCCAUGUGUGUACAUGUAAUUUUAAGAGGAGAGAGAUAGAGAGUAAGAGAUUUCCGUAAGGUGGGUAGUAGUCUAGUAGAUGAUGAAAACUGACUAAAAGAUAUCCAUAAAGGGAAUAAAGUAAAAUUGAGUGGAAAUCAGAAAAAUGAACGAAAAACAAAAGUGAGUUGAAAUCUAGAAAAUGAAGGUAGUAGCAGUUAUAUGUCCUUUAUAGAAUUUUGAAUCCAUAAUCUAGUAUCAUGGGCAUGGAAAGAGGGGAACAGAAUAGGGAGGGAUGAAGUUUAAGGUAGUGGAAUGAGACAAAAAAAACCCUAAAUUGCAUGGUGAAGCUAAUGCUAAUAGUUUUUUUUAUUUAGUUCUUUCAAAGACUUAUCAGGCUCUACUAUUUCCAGUGCUUGAAUAAGUUAGUUAUUCUUGGUUCAACUGUGAAAACUGAAAAGUGUGUUUCUUGUAAGAUAUAUUCAGGGUUACUUAUUCUAUACUGCUUAUUGAGCUGGGUAUGUGUCUGUUCUUAUUAAUGAUGAUGGUUAUGAUACUUUUCUGCUACUAAGGGGGCAUCUGCUGGAAUCAUGGUUCAAGUCCUGCCAGCAUGCAGCAACGCAGCAUCUGCUGACUCUAUGAUGAGUGUCAAAACUGAACCAAACCCUGGUUUUGCAGCAAAGCAAGCCCAUUCUAAUCUCUCAUUUUCUGGCCUUACUGGAGAUAGCAGUGGUGGGGACUAUCAGGACUGUGGAGCUUCUGCAGCGCUUUUACUUGGAGAGCCACCCUGGUUCCCUCCCUGUCCUGAUAGUUCCUUCCAAUCCACUAGUCGAACUGAAGCUGUUAUGCGAUACAAGGAGAAAAAGAAGGCCCGGAAGUUUGAGAAAAGAGUGAGAUAUGCAUCCCGGAAAGCCAGGGCUGAUGUUAGGAAGCGUGUGAAGGGCCGAUUUGUCAAAGCUGGUGAAGCUUAUGAUUAUGAUCCUCUGAAUACCAGGAGCUACUGAAGACUAAAUUCUUAGAUUUGAGUGUGUAAGCAACAUAAUCUUUGGUGUACAAAGUAUGUGGUUCACUGCAGCUUUUGGUUUCUGGCCUGUUAUUUUAUUGUACAUCUGGAACAUAUAUGAUGGUUAUGAAAUAGCCAUCAACAAUUCAACAUGAAGGGUGGCUCUGCCUUAGCAUCAGAUGGUUUGCACUCGGAGUAUUGAGUAUAGUCUCUGUCGUUGACAAUAUGCUCCCAUCAUUUUGAUUAGUCUUUCCAGAUUCUCCUGCUGGCAAAUUCUGGCACCUGAUACAUGCCAGGUAUUAAUGUAUAAUUGUCUGCUAGGAAAUCACAACUUCAUAUGGCUUCUUAUUCUCUUCUAUGUACGUCUGCCAUAGCUUUCUAUGGCGUCUUAUCACCAUUGUAUCACCAUUGUAUGUAGAACCGAAAGUCCUAUAAGGGGAACUGGUGAGCGUUCCUUUAUUUAUUUUUGCAGAGGAGUUGUAGGUGUUUGGGUAAUUUUCUCUGUAGAAUUUAUGUACAUUGCUUGUUUUUUUCGCGGAAGUAACCGUAGAGUUGCAAGUGUAAAUUGUAAUCUAUUGUAAUCAUAGGAUAUAUUUGGUUUUGCAAUAAUAAUAUUUUGGCAUUUCAGGUGUC